AUGCUUCUUCUCGACUACCAGAACGCCCUCAUUCAGUCGGUGCUUACCGAACGGUUCUCGGGUGCCCCGCCCGUACACAUCGACCAGACCGUAUCCGACUUCGACGGCGUCACGUUCCACAUCUCGACUCCUGAAGUGAAGACGAAGAUUCUACUGUCCCUCCAGAUUCGAUGCUUCAAGGACUUGGCCAAAUAUGGCGCUGAGCAGGUUCUCCAACGCGAAUAUGGACAAUACGUUGUUCCGGCUGAAGUUGGCUACGACUUCUCGGUGCUGAUUGACCUAGAGAACCUACCAGAGUCCAAGGAGGAACGCGACGCGUUGGCAAUGCAAUUCGCCUUACUGAAGCGCCAUGCCAUGGCUGCGCCGUUCGAGCAAGCAUACGAAGAGCACUACAAGCUGAAAGAGGAGGCAUCUAAAUUUAGCUCAGAGGAGGCCCCCAAGGGUGUGAUGGAGGGAGGAGAGGUCAAAGCCAUCCACUACCGAGAGGAGGAGGCCAUUUAUGUAAAGGCCAGCCACGAUCGUGUCACUGUCAUUUUCAGCACCAUCUUCCGAGAGGAAACCGAUAGAGUGUACGGAAAGGUCUUUAUUCAGGAGUUUGUCGAUGCCCGAAGACGAGCUAUUCAGAAUGCACCCCAGGUGCUGUUCAGAAACGAUCCCCCACUUGAGCUGCAGGGCGUUCCUGGAGUGCGAGACACCGGCUCCGGUGAAAUCGGAUACGUUACUUUCGUUCUCUUCCCAAGGCACCUGACUCCCCAGAGAAUGGCAGCCGUCAUCUCCCAUAUCCAGACGUUCCGAGACAACUUCCACUACCACAUCAAAGCUUCCAAGGCAUACAUCCACUCUCGAAUGAGGAAGCGAACCGCAGACUUCCUGCAAGUGCUGCGUCGUGCGCGUCCUGAUAACGAAGAACGAGAGAGGAAGACGGCUAGCGGCAGGACAUUCAAGGCCGACCUACGGGUCGCAAAUACAAUGGUAUGGCCAUUUGGAGCCUCAGCACCCAGCAAAGGCACGGAUCAUGAGGACCAGUCUAAGAAGAGGCCUGUUUCAUGGCCAGAUUCCUUGAGGAGCAGUGAGGUUGGGCCUCUAGAAGCCGCCAAAGCAUGGGCACCCAUGGUUGGAUUUUCUCUCGUAGGCCUCGCCGCGCUGCAGCUAUAUGCGAAUUACUUGCGGCGAAUUCCAGGAGCAGCUUAUGUACGGCCGAAUUUCUUUCGGAAUCGGAGCUUAUACGGCAAAGUAACGAGUGUUGGCGAUGGCGACAACUUCCAUCUGUUCCACACGCCUGGUGGGAAAGCUGUGGGCUGGGGGUGGCUAAGAAAGGUUCCUGAGUCAAGGAAAGAGCUCAAAGGGCGGACUAUACCGAUCCGCAUUGCCGCGGUUGAUGCGCCAGAGGGAGCGCACUUUGGAAAGCCAGCCCAACCCUACUCGGACGAAGCCCUGCAGUGGCUCCGAAACUACAUCUUGCACCGAAAUGUGCGCGCAUACAUCUACAAGACAGAUCAAUACGAACGGAUCGUUGCCACUGUCUACGUCCGCAGGUUUCUGUUCCGCAGGAAUGUCGGACUCGAGAUGAUCAAGAGUGGACUGGCCACCGUAUACGAGGCAAAGAGCGGCGGCGAGUUUGGGGGGCUAAAGCAGCGAUAUGAGAAGGCUGAGGCCAAGGCAAGGAGAAAACGCAAGGGAAUGUGGGCGGGGGAUCCAAAGACCUAUGAGAGUCCGAGGGAGUACAAGACAAGGUGGGCGUCGCAGCAAGGCAAAGCGUAG